CCAUCUGCGUCUGUGUCAGUCAGAUGAGGCAGUGACAAUGCACGCGGUCGUGUGGCUGCACCUGCUCGCAUUUCUCUGGAUGUCAGGCGCCGGGGGCGCGGUGACGGGACAACAGACUCUAAAAGUAAAUGACCUUAAAACAGGCGAGAAAAUCAACAUCCUCUGUCAGACCAGUGAGGAUAACUUCAAAUUCCUGAUUCUACAAAGACGUUACUCCAAACCAGGCACAGUCAUUAGGAUUAAUAAAACAGCUCAUCAAGUCAUUAGUCCAGAAUAUAUAAACCGAACAUUCAUCAGAAGCGAGUUCCCAAAAGUAACAAUUACAAUCAGCAAAUUACAAGAAAGUGAUACAGACGUGUACGUGUGCGAGUAUUUACAUGAUGCAGAUACGAAGACGUCCUUCAUCGGCACUAGCACAUUAAUUAUGGUUAAAGGUGUCAAGACAACUUUAAAAGAAAGUCAGUGCAACAAGGAAUUCAAGCUGGACAUGUCAACCAUGUUGAUUGCCACCUCCAUUACUGCAAUCUUUGUUUUGUUGAUAGUGUUUUUGGGUAUGUGGCUCUGGAAGACAAAUCUGAUCAAGAACCUGUGUUCCAAGAAGCAAACAAAGGAGACCGUUUAUGAAGAAAUGACAGCCAAGACCAGAGGAAGUGCCAGUCUCCCCAUUUUCUAGAUCUGGGUCACUUAUACACCCUACUGGACAUUCAUAUGUGGCUUUGGCCCACUGCUCCUGUUGUACACAGAAGAGUGUAACAAAUUAUUAGUAUUUUCUUUUAAACUGUGACCUUUCAAAGUCGAUCUUUCAGUUUCAUAUUAGAACAAGAGACAUCUUGAAUGAAAUUUGCAGAUUACUUAAGAGAAACAGGGCUGAUCUGAGAUUACAUGUCAUAUAGUAUUUCUGUCAUAAAGGCAAGGGAUUUCAAACAUCCAGGCUGCAUCAUAAAACUCUAUAGAGAACAACAAAGCCUUGUGUAGCUUUUAUACCAGCCUAUGUUGUCUUGCAGGGAUACAAAAAUGGGGUGGCUUUGAAGCCUUGGCUCAUUAUAAAAGGACUGAUAUAAAAUUUGCUACGUGCCUCAUACAUAUGGAGCUUUGAAUAAUAAACAACAACAUUCUCAAUCCCACUUAUUCCAAUUCAGGGUCUUGAGGAAAGUGCAGGUGUGGCAGUAUCAUGCUGAGAGAAAAAUGAAAAUAUCCAGUCUGACCUGAUCUUGACUGUUGCACAUCUCUCUUGGGUUGAACUGUAAAUUUGCCUCCUAUGUUGACUGGACAAAAGGAGUCAAGUGGAAACAAAUUAAUGGAGAAUGACAUUAACUUAGAAGACUCUGAAAAAGUCGGCACACAGAGGUGUGGAGCUGUGUAUAGCUUCAGUAAUAGCUAAUUCCUAAUGGAAAUAUUUUUUGUUCGCUUCGCUUGCCAUUCCCCGUAUGGGCGCUACACGCUAGCCAUUUCACAGUUCUGCCAAUUACGUAUGGGGAAAUGGAUGUAAACUUUUAGCAGAUUAUUAUUUUCAUGGGAAUUGUUACUUAUGCAUAAUAGAUCUAACUAUUUUAUAUUACAGCGAGUAAUUAACC